ACCACUUCUUCCAUUUAUUUUGUCGCUGCUGUUGCCAUUGCAGGCUAAAUAGUCGUUGAAGCUGCUGCCACGACAUCGAUAAUAAAGGCGCCACGCAUAUAGCCCUAACGGUUAUUUCUUUUUUGCUCACCCACAAGAUCGUAGCAUGUCCACGAUGAACCCCGAAUACGAUUACCUGUUUAAACUUCUUUUAAUUGGAGAUUCUGGUGUUGGAAAAUCUUGUUUGCUCCUUCGAUUUGCUGAUGACACUUACACAGAAAGCUACAUUAGUACAAUUGGUGUGGACUUUAAAAUAAGAACAAUUGAUCUUGAUGAAAAAACGAUAAAACUGCAAAUAUGGGAUACUGCAGGACAAGAAAGAUUUAGGACAAUUACAAGUUCAUAUUACCGUGGAGCACAUGGUAUUAUUGUAGUUUAUGACUGCACAGAUCAGGAAUCCUUCAAUAAUGUCAAACAGUGGCUUGAAGAAAUUGAUCGCUAUGCCUGUGAUAAUGUUAAUAAAUUGUUAGUUGGCAACAAAUCUGAUCUUCUUAUUAAAAAAGUUGUUGACUAUACAACAGCUAAGGAAUAUGCCGAUCAACUUGGCAUACCGUUUCUUGAAACAUCGGCCAAAAAUGCAAUGAAUGUUGAGCAAGCCUUUAUGACAAUGGCUGCUGAAAUCAAAAGUCGAGUGGGGCCUCCAUCGAGUGCGGCCAGUGAUCAGACUAGCAAGCUAAAAAUUGAUCAAGCUCAUAAUAUUGAUACUUCCGGCAUUCAAGGCUCCAAAACUGGUUGUUGCUGAAACAUUUAAGGUUGCAUCAUUUCUGUCGGACACGAGUGAGCUUUUUACACUUUUCAUUCGUUCCGAAAAUAAGAAAACACAAGAAGUUACGAGCAUGAAAGAUGAACAGUUUGAUUCAUAUUACAUUUACUUUCAAGAAUUAUAAAGACUUAUACAUAAAAUGCGAGCAUAUCCAUCUUCUGUUGCUUUUCGUAUAUAUAAUAUAUUUUUUCUUUUAUCCCGGAGAUAAAGUAAGAACAUAUGUAUUAACUUGAUUUUGUAAAUUAUAAAAUUGAUAAAUUAUUCAAUUAAUAUUAUUUUAGGCAACGUUUUCUAUUACUCGCGUUCCUUUGAAUUUCAACUUUGAAAAUUUCAUACAGUCUAUAAGGCUUACUUGUAUCUCUCCUUCAAGAUUGAUUUACAAUUUUAUAUUAAUUUCUUGUUUUUGUAUUUACUAUCUUGGCUAUAUUUGCUCGUUAAUUAAUAUAAAUGAAAAAUAAAAGUGAAAGAAAAUAAACAGUGUGUGCGUGUUAAAUAGUAUGAAUUUUGCGAAUGCUGGGAACUAAAAUUUAAACAAAAAUAUAUGGAAUCGAGCUCUUUAAGUCUUACGUGAACAAGUAUUACAUCGUUAAAUUGAUGGACCAUCGAUUUGUUUGCUAAAAAGUGUGCAUAUUUUAAUCACACAAAUUUUUUAAAACGUACACAAAUAAAUAUAAAACCAGUCGAUUGAAGAUUAUAAUUCGUAGCUUAAAUAAGCAUUAAGAAAGCAACGUAGCCGUCAAUCGAUCACGCAAGGGUGCGGAUAAGUUAGGGGUAAUUCUAGUGUUAACAAAUAAGUGAUAAGAUUGUGUAAUCAUGUUAGAAAAUUAAUAAAAGAUAAAAAAGAAA